AUGUACAGCCUCCUCUAACAGCAGUUGUCAGCUUCUUGGAAGAGCAGAAGGAGGCAACUAGCUAGGGACCCCACAAGGUUCUUAAAUACUGAGGAGACACAGCGGCCCGCUCUGAUCAGCAGGGAAAGAGUGAGGAACAGACCGAGAGAAGAGAGAGAGAGAGAGAAAGCAAAAGACAGGUGCUGUUUUUUAUCCCUGCUGCUCAGUUUUUUUUAAACGGAAAAAGUACGGUAGCAAGCCAGCAGUGCUUUUUAAAUAUUAUUUUUGUCGACUACUGCACAUACUCGUCUUUUUUAUAUACUGUUAUUUAUUUAUUUAUUUUUUAAAUCGGGGUUUGGAGGAGGGUGUGGAGAGAAGAAGUCGAAAAGAAGACACGGACAGAUUCACUUGGUUUAAUUACUUCUUACACAAAUUGGUGUUCAAGAAAGUCCUUCACCCUCUGUGGCAGAAGAAAAUAUAUAUAUUUCUGAGGAAGACAAGAAAAAAGUGCUAGCGCUGUGUGGAGCUGUGUAGAGCGCUGGUACAGAGCUCAGGUAACCAGAGAAUGGGUAUGAGCUGGAUACAAGCAGGCAAAGAAAAAGACCCCAGUCCGUUCUUGUGAAAGAUUUCAAUCCACAGAGAGCUGUCUCGCUAAUCCGCUGCUCCUGUUCUGCCUGCGCUCCUGUGUUCUUGUUGCUGAGGUAUACAAAUGCUCUCAGUCCAGCCAGACACCAAGCCGAAAGGUUGUGCUGGCUGCAACCGAAAGAUCAAAGACCGCUACCUCCUAAAGGCCCUGGACAAGUACUGGCAUGAGGACUGCCUGAAGUGUGCCUGCUGUGACUGCCGGCUGGGCGAGGUGGGCUCCACGCUCUACACCAAAGCCAACCUCAUCCUCUGCCGUCGGGACUACCUGAGGUUAUUCGGUGUCACUGGGAACUGUGCUGCUUGCAGUAAACUUAUCCCUGCCUUUGAGAUGGUGAUGCGAGCCAAGGACAACGUAUACCACCUGGACUGCUUUGCAUGCCAGCUCUGCAACCAGAGGUUUUGUGUUGGAGACAAGUUCUUCCUAAAGAACAACAUGAUACUGUGCCAGACGGACUACGAGGAAGGCUUAAUGAAAGAAGGCUUCGCGCCGCAAGUCCGUUGAGAGAGAGAGAAAGAACACACACAAAUAAAGAACUAAUUCCACAAACCGAAAGCACCAACUUCUUUUAGCAUUCGCCCCACAUGUACAUAAGAAACGAGGCCGGAUCCGCUGUAUAGACUAGCUGUAGGGACUGAGGAGACUAUGAUAUUAUCAGGAGACUGUGAUGGACGCAGGGAUGAGGGCAGCUUUCAUCACCCCCUUCCCAAACAACUGGCUGUAGUGCGAGUGACAAGCGGGGGUUAUUUAAUUAACUCUUCCGUCCAGAGCAGAGGAAGGGGGAGAUGCAGCCUGUUUGCUUUACACUCCGGUCCAGUGGGGCUCUAAAGAGUGAUCUGUUCGUCCCUGGUCCUUACUCCUUACGCCCUCCGCGAUCCGCUGUGCCCAUUCAGAGAAGAACAAUCUUGAACUCAUUUUAGCCUGAAUCUGAUCCGUCCCUGGCCCUCCUGUACUGCCAUCCAGCUUGAUCUGAGACUGUUAAAGGGGUGCUGGCUCAGGUUUUACAAUUCUUAACUCAUUUCAUCCUUCCUUUUCCUGUGAUGAGUUCUCAAGCUUGAGGAUACGCAGGUAUUUCAAAUACAGGAGGAUUAAACAUUGCUGCUGCUGCUGGCAGUGCAUUUCCUGGGAUGUAGGUCAGUUUUACUCCAAUAGUUCAAUUAAAAAAAUAAAGAAAUCAGUCCAUGUGACCUACAGCACAGGAAGUGGUUAGGUUCCAGGAAGCGGCAGACCUAUUUAUUUAUCUAUAGAGUUGUAGCUACUGUUAAUGUGUGUCUCCCAAAUAAUACAAAGAAUCCAUUGCAAAAUCUUUUACUCGCCCUAAUAAGGAUUCUGAAGCGGAUUAUAAAGCCUUGGUUAGUGCUCCCUUAAAGAGUAUUGUAAAUAUAUUUGACACUUCGGUUUUUCUUUGUUUCUUUUGCUUGCUAUUGUAUAUGAUUGGUUUUUAUGCGUCACCUGGCAUGAGAUGUUUAUUUUCGGACGACUCUUGUACAUACUGUAUUGUAAUAUUUCAAGCACAAAUGUAAUACAGUUUUAUUGUGUUUCCA